AUGACUACCUUAAAUCCUCAAACGUGGAUAUCUUCAGGAAACUUCACACAGAAUGGAAUUAUAAACCAGAGUAAAUUGUUCAGUGGUUUCAAUGAGAUUAGUAAUGCUGACCCUACCAGUCUUGCCAACAAUGGUGUCAAUGUCAAUACUGUUAGUAAUACAGAUACUACUUAUAUUACUGAUACUACUCCUCCUAACAAUAAUAAUAAUAAUAAUACUAUAACUAACGUAUCAGAUGGAAACUUACAAUCAAAGUCAUUUUUUCUUGGUUCAAAUCGAAUGGAAACAAGUCCAACUGUCCUCCCACGUUUAACUAAUCAUAAUCCCCCCGGGAAACAAAGUUUUCCUGACCAACUUCAAAAUUUAACCAAUACUUUGACUAAUACAACAAAAUCAUUCAAUUACUAUGCACAUAGUAAACAUCUGAACAAUUCAGAAACAAUGAGGUGUAAUGAAUGUCGAUUAAUUAUAUUUGAUCAAUAUUAUUACAGUAUCGGUGAUCAAAUUUGGCAUCAAAGUUGUUUAAGGUGCUUUGAAUGCGGAUUCCUGCUGACAGAGAAAUGCUACGCUAAAGAUGGUCAUUUGUAUUGUCGUGAGGAUUUUGUCAGGUUAGUUGGCUUUGAAAAAGAUAUUUUAUUAUGA